UGAUGUCAUCUUUACGGCUCAGACCUGUUCAUGAAAAGAAGCACAUUUCAUUGUGAUUGCAGAGGAGUGGAACGACACCGAGGCUCUGUGUUUGUGCACUGGUGAUGGGUGGCUCAUCGUCUGCAGUGAAUGAGCUGAUGAAGAGUCUGAGUCCUCGCCGGCCUGCCCGGAGUACUGUUACAGAUCAGGUGACUCCUCGGGGCUGAGCUGGGACGUGGGUGGAGGAGGCACCGUCUCUCGGAGCGUUUAAAAGAAGGGCUCGGCGUCCGAUCCGUCUCCUGAGCCAACAGCAAGCAGGAGCGAUGAGAAGUUCGGACGCAGCCGUGCACAGAAAACACGAUCGGUUCGAUUUAAAGAGGAGCAGGAAGUCCGGGCGCUGGGGUCUGCCUGUCAGCGAGGGGACGAGUCAGACUCUGGAGAGCAGCGUCCAGCGGAUCAACAGAUCAUCUUCUAAACUUCACACCGUGAGCAGGUUAACCACGGGUCAAAGGUCAUCACAAACAGGCCAAUCUGAGCUGAAACAGGCCGCUAACAUCCCUCUGCCGCCCAUCAGGGGCUCCAGACCCGUCGGCGGCAGAGGAGAAGUCCCUGCAGCUCCGCCUGCCAUCAGAAAUACGAUCCUUCAUGUGUUUGUGGCAAAGCGGGGGAAACCAAUCCAGAAAUCGGACAGACUCAGCGAAAUCCACGGCAGACCGGCGCUCGCUGAGCGGCUGGAACAGCAGAAGAGUGAUGACAUCAUUGGUGUGGACGGUGGCCGUGCGACGACGAUGCUGGUCACGGUUAAAGAUGAUGGCGGCGCCUGUGAGGAGCGGCGGCAGCAGAGAGAGUUCUGCUCCGAUGACUCAGCUGCUGAAACAUUAUCUGAGGACUCAGAGGUCAGAGGUCAUGUAGAGACACCGGAGGAGGAGGAUGGCAGUGAUGACGAGUACUACAGCGAGGAGAGGAUCACAGAGUGGAUCCUCCAGGUCAACUCGAGCCUCUUCUCUACAGGAAACACUCAGAGAGGCGCCGAGUCUGCAGAGGAGCGAGACGUGGCCACCAUAAAGAUCAUCUACAGCGGAGACUGAACUCCCAGCUCAGCCUCUUCCUCCUCCUCAUCAGCCUGGACCUCCUUUCACAGGACGCACACAACCAGGGAGGAGCCUGAGGUCCUCGAGGAGCAACGCUGGCAAAAAUACAGAAAAAGUUUCAGCAAAUAGAACAGCUGUAAUCUGGGACACUGGUGAUACCAGCUCCAAUUCACUUUCAUUCAAAUUCAUGCAUAUAAACAAAUAACUGUACAUGAGUAACUUAAACUUGUUACUGUGGCCCACCUGCAGUACCAUCGCAGCCCACCGGGGGGGGGGGGGGCACAGUGCAUUAAUUUAAAUAAAUGGA